GAGAUCAGGGUCGGGCACAGUUGACGGUGGACUUCUUGAUUUUUUUCUCGGACGCGCUAGGGAGAGUGCUGGCGGCGGGGGGUUGCUCGCUGCGGAGAGGAGUUCAUCUUUGGGGAAAUAAUUUGGGGAUGGGGGAUUUUGGUUUAUGCUUGGGGAGUGGGGAAUAGUUGGUGGAGUGGGCCGCUCGGCCCGAACAAAAGUAUUGUUUUUAAUAAUAUAAGAAUAAUAUAAUAAUAAUAAUAUUUAUUAUUAUUAUUCUUAAUCCGCGGUUGUAACUCUUAGUACGUAACCGUUAAACUAACCGCUCAUUAAAUAUGGUCGAACCCAAAUCUAAAAAUACCGGGGUGUUACAUUUCUUCUACCCUUACAAAAAUAUCGUCCCCGAAAUUCGGAGUUGGAAAGAUAAUUACUUGGUCUUAAACUUUUGGUGUUUGACUGAAACUUCUCAAGCUAGGAUAUAACAUUAAACGAUGCUCAAGAGAAUUACACAACUACAGAUAGGAGCUUCUAGCAGUGGUUUUCGCAUUCGACAAAUUCCGACCUUAUUUGGUUCUCUCAAAGGUCUUUGUGUACACCAACCACUCUGUCCUUUGUUAUUUUAUGACAAAAGCCGAUGCAAAACCACGGCUUAUCCGAUGGGUGCUCUUGCUCCAAGAAUUUGAUAUUGAGAUUAUAGACAAAAGAGGAGCAGAAAACCUCGCUGCAGAUCAUCUUUCUAGAUUGGAAGUUAUUGAAGUUAGAAAUGAUUCAAGAAGAGAGAUUGAUUCAUUCCCUGAUGAAAGACUACAUUGUUCAAGCACGAUAUGAUCACCCCCCCCCCCCCCCCCAAUGGUUUGCCGAUGUGAAAAACUAUUUGGCCAUAGAGAGACUCCCAGAGGACAUGACUUGGGUCGAUAGGACCAAAUUCUUUUCGGAUCUCAAUCACUAUUUUUGGGCUGACCCUUAUCUCAGUGGAGUGUCUGAUCAAGCCAAAGAAAUCAUUCUUCUAUCGGAGCCCUAACAUCUGGAGUGUUUUUUUCUAGCUUAUGACAUUAAAGAAGCAUGUCAGUAUCGUAAAUAAGGUAGCAAUUUAUUUUGCUAACAGGUUAUGAGUUCACUUGACUUCUAGUCCUAAACUUUCAAUCUGGGAAAAAUUUGACGGGGUGAUAUAUACACAUGUUUUUGUCCACCAUUCCUAUACCGUUUGAGUCUCAUCUCUCGUGUUUUAGGUUGAUUUCAUGCUAGGUUGUUCGUGUUUGUGAUAUUUCAGGUCCUAGUACGUGAAGGAAGGUUUGGGAAUGAGUUCAGGGCCGAUUGGACGAAGUUGAGACGAUUGACGAAAAGCUGGAAAUUCCGUUGGGCAAACCUAAAUUCCACACGGCCGUGUGACUUGGCCGUGUGGAACCCCUUUGCGCGGGCAAAGCCACACUGGCCGUGUAAGGGCCUUUUUUGACCGUGUGAGAUUUCUAGGGAGUUCACACGGGCAUGCCUAAAUUCUACACGGCAGUGUGGUUUUGGCAGUGUAGCGUACCUGGAGUCACUAAGUCGAACGCAGUGUUUUGGAGAGCCAUACGGGCAGACCUAAAUUUCACACGGCCGUAUGAUCAGGCAGAACUGGGUUUUUUACCCAAAUUUGAAGGGUGAAUCGGUUUUCAGAGCUAGAAACAGAGUCCUAGAGAGAGAAAGUGCGAAGAACACACCCUAGAUGUGAUUUUGGAGCUGGGUUUCAUCAAUCAAGCUUGGAUUUCAUCAUUGGAGUGAAGAUUAUCAUCCCAGAGCAGAUUCUUCCCAUCAUUAUGAGUAUGACUACUCUGAUUUUUGUUUUCCUCUCUCUCUCUAGGGAGUAGAACCUUCUCUCACUUGGGUAUGAAGAACCCUAGUUCCAUGCGUUAGGAAUCUUGAUUGUAAUGACUUUGGAUUGAUAUGUUGCUUGAUUAUAAUCGAUUGAUGCAUGAUUCAUUGAGUCAAUUGAAGUCUGAUCAACUUUCCUUGAUUUCUGCUGCAACCUGAGAUAGAUAGAAUCUGAUCAGAUUGUUAAAGCUUCAUCAAUCAGUAGUAGUAGAUUGGUUAUACGAGAGUUAAUCGAUUUACUGCUUUGUACUGGAAUCCAAUUCUAGUAGUGGAGUUCUAUGUUUAUUGCCUCAACAGUCUAUCCCGGUAAAGGCUAGUCGCCUGCUGGUUAGUCUAUCUGAGAGGACUUGGUCAGCUUAAGAGAUUCCAAGGUACUGUCGAAUCUUCCGUAGUUUAAUCAACAGUAAAUCAACCAAAGGUAAUUACAACUUUGACCUAACUAAGGAGAUAGGGGGGACUCAUUCUCGAGUGACUUUUCCCCUUCUUAAGAACUUCGAACCAUUUCCUGCUUUCUUACUGCUUUUGCUUAAAAUCACAAUCGCUCAACUUAGUCUGCUAGAUAAUAGAUCAUCACGGAGUAGGCAGUAGAUCUAGUCCCUGGGUUGAUAAAUAGAACUUGCCACUAUUCUGCAUUUCCGGACUGCGAUUACACUUGGUCGCAAUUUGGUGUUGUGUUUUAGCGUGUCACCAAUAAGCAGUUGAAGUUUGCAUCACACAAAGACCUCCUUUAUCCAUGAGUCAGCCUCAUACUUUGGGGGCCAAGCUAGAUCCUCAUGGAUGAAGGUCUCAUUUAUCCAUCAUCGUGGGGAAAUUCAGAUUCCAAAACACGAGAACUCUUACUAUUGGAGUCAUACCAAAAACAAGCUUUUUUCAGAAAACUUCAAAAACUUUUACCACUGGACAAUACAAAGAUUGCUCGAACUCUCCAUGAUCAGCAAACCUAUAUAUCGAACACAUUUUCUCCAUCAACACGGUGACAAGAAUCUUAAUAGUAGCUGAAAUGUCGUAAACUCAAAGCACCCAUAGGAAUGAGUGAGAGCAAAAUUGAGCAUGAGCGUGAUAAUCAAAGUGAGGGCUUAUGGAUAUUCUCAUGGCUUGGCUUAUACAAAACAAAGUUUUAAACAAUGUGGCAUUAACUGUUGCAUGGGGCUUGAAGGUUUCUACUCACCAAAACGGUGUCGCUGUGUCGCUCCAUAUAUCAUGGCCAGAACGGUGCCGCAUCAUCAAGCCAAGUAUCGUCCUUCGCAAGUGUUCAUUCUUUCUCGAGCAUUUCAUUUCUCUGACCUCCGCUCCCCACACCAGAAUCCAGGUCGCCGACCAUCACCUCUACUCCUUGCAAUGAUGGACACUACAAUAUAGGGAACGGUUCUGCUAUUUAAAUGGUCACUUUGUGAUCGCGUCUAUAAAUAGAAGUCAAUUGAGUCAUUUGUUGUGUGACUGUCGAGUGAAAGUGAGAUUGGGGAAUCUGCUUUGUUCGUCACGGGUCCUUUCUUGAUCGAACUUCAGUAGAUCAAUCAUAGGGUGUGUAAACCUGGUGAUUGAUUCUUGGGAAGUGAGGAUUUGAGUGUUGUGUUUCUUUCUUUCAAAGAGCCAAGCUUCUUGGCUUGGCUAGGGUUCUUGUUUUAUGCAGUGUCUAAUCUUUCGAAAUCAAUAAAAGCACAAUUUUUCCUUUCACUUUGAUUCUACAAUUGGUAUCAGAGCCUGCUCUUUGAAGGAUUAAUCAUCGCCAAAGAGUACUGUUUAUAAUGUCAGGAUCCUCGUCAGCUGCAGUCUCCUAUUCUGCAAAUACGAAUCCGCCAUGUUUCGAUGGAACAGACUACACAGUCUGGAAAAAGAGAAUGAGGAUCUAUCUUCGCGGAGUUGAUGGGGAGCUAUGGGCAGUUGUACGAAAAGGACCUAUCCCUAUGGAUGAGGAAGAUGAAGAAGAGUGGAAAGAAGAACAGAAGAUAUCAUCUCAGCUGGAUUCACGAGCUAUGCACCUACUGUUUUCAGCAAUUUGCCCUGAGGAACGGAGUUAGGUUGCGCAAUGUGAGUCAGCCAGAGAGAGUUGGGAGUCUCUUCAGACAACCCAUGAAGGUACGUCUGAAGUAAAAGAAAGUAGAAUUGAUGUCCUGCUAAAUGAAUAUGAAUCAUUCGAAAUGAGCUCAGGAGAAUCAAUAUCUAGCAUGUACAAACGGUUUAAUGAUCUGAUCAAUAGAUUAAAAGGUCUAGGAAAACUGUUUGAAACAAAGGAUUUAGUUCGCAAAAUCUUAAGGUGUCUACCCAGGGAAUGGUUACCUAAGCGAACUGCUAUUGAAGAGGCUAAAGAUUUGAACACAUUAUCUAUUGAGAGGCUUGUUGGAUCUUUACUUAGCCAUGAAGAAGUGAUAAUACAAAUGAAUAGAGAUGAUCAUAGACGAAGGAAAGUUAUUGCAUUCAAGGAUCAAGAAUAUGAUAGUGAUUCUGAUGCAGAUAUGGGAGAGGAAUUUGAAAAGGAAUUUGCUCUUGUAAGUAGGAAGUUUCAUCGAAUGCUUAAAAUGAAAAAGGACUUCAAAGCAAAGAGAGCAUAUCGUGAUUCCAGACAUUUUAAUAGUCAGUUCCCUGAACCUAGAAAGGACAGGGAAGAAAUUGAGAGAACUCCUACCAAAACAAACAAAAGAUAUGUAUCAUAUAGACCAUACCUAGAUAAGAGCACUCCGAGGUCAUAUGAUAGAUCGUCUGAUGGUCGAGAAAGGUUCAAAAUUGAUAAGGAAGACCACAUGUCUUCCAAUGAAAAAGAUCUAACUGUUUGCUAUAAGUGUGGUAAGACAGGGCAUAUCAGAUCAAAGUGUCCUACAGGAAGCAAAGCUAAGGAGAAGGCACUGGCUGCAUCUUGGAGUGACCUCAGCUCGGAAGAGGAGCAUGAGAUAAAAGACUUAGCCUACAUGGCGUUUGCAACCAACAGUGAACAUAGUUAUCAAUCCUCAAGCAGCAAUGAUCAGUUAACACCUUCAUGCUAUCAGGUAAUCAUUGAUUCUGAAUCAGAUGAAAACAAUAAUGAAGACACUGUUUUAGAGUCAAAAACUGACUUUCUUAAUGCUCUACCAAACUUACAAGAAGAAUGUAAAAGACUUAAGAGCAAGUAUUGUCUACUCAUGACUGAAAAUCAGCGAUUAAAAAGGGAUAUACUUAGUCUAAAUAAGUCAAUUAAGUGCCAAAAUGAAGAACAUAGAAGGUUGAAUAAGCUAAUAUUUGAACUCACAGAUGAAAAUCAGCGACUAAAUAAACAACUUAAAGCAAAAUCAGGACUACAGAAGUCUAAUAUAUUCAGAACAAAACAAACUCCAAAUAGUUCUUCUCAAAAAUAUUUUUCUAACCGAAAAUACCCUAUCAUCUAUACAUGUACUUACUGCAAAAGAAGGGGCCACUUGGAAAAAUUCUGUUAUGAUUUACAAGAUCUGAGGAAACCUGGUACAACCAAAACAUUUUGGGUACCAAAAUGUACUAACCUGUGAUUGAUUGCAGUGUUUGGGAGAAAAUGAGAACAUCUGGUUUCUGGACAGUGGUUGCUCCCGCCACAUGACAGGUAAAAAGGAAUUGUUUUCUUCUUUAAAAUAUAAAAAAGGGGGUAAGGUAGUGUUUGGAGAUGAUCGAGUUGGAUUAAUAAUGGGAAGUGGAACUAUUGGUAAGAAUCCUCUCCCCACCAUCAUUGAUGUGUUAUUUGUUAAUGGCUUAAAACACAAUCUUCUCUCUAUCAGUCAAUUAUGUUCAAAUGAAAAUAGAGUAAUAUUUGAAUCAGAAACAUGCCAAAUCAUCAGAAUAAGAGACAAUAAACUGCUAUUCAGUGG